AUCAAGCUUCUCCCAAAGAUCCAUUAAGCUUCCAUAGAAAUGUCUGAAAUCAAGCUUUCUCGAUCGGAGAAGAAGAAGCACUCAGCCAAACUGGAUUCAGAAGACAAAGAAGAAGCUCCAGCAUCCGUCGACCAGACCGGCGAUUACCUAAUCAAGCCACAGAGCUACACGGCGCCGAACGAUUCCUCCACAUGGCCACUUCUCCUGAAGAAUUUCAACAAACUCAACGUUCGAACCGGUCACUUUACACCUAUUCCUUCCGGUUACAGUCCUCUGAAACGUCCACUCGCUGAAUAUCUCAGGUAUGGCGUUCUCAAUCUCGAUAAACCUUCAAAUCCUUCUUCUCAUGAGGUAGUUGCGUGGAUUAAGCGUAUUCUCCGUGUAGAAAAAACCGGUCAUUCCGGUACGCUAGAUCCUAAGGUCACCGGUAAUCUAAUUGUUUGCAUUGAUCGGGCAACUCGCUUAGUCAAAUCGCAGCAAGGUGCAGGAAAAGAGUAUGUUUGUGUAGCUAGACUUCAUUCCGAAUUCACAGAUGUUGCUAAGAUAGCUAGGUCGUUGGAAACCCUAACUGGAGCAGUUUUCCAACGUCCACCUUUGAUUUCAGCUGUUAAGAGACAACUUAGAAUUAGAACUGUUUACGAGAGUAAACUUUUAGAAUUCGACGCUGCUAAGCAUUUGGUUGUUUUCUGGAUAUCUUGCGAAGCAGGAACGUAUGUAAGAACUAUGUGCGUUCAUCUAGGUCUGGUAUUAGGUGUUGGUGCUCAUAUGCAGGAGCUUAGGAGAGUUCGAUCAGGAAUCUCUGGUGAGAAAGACAAUAUGGUAACGAUGCAUGAUGUAAUGGAUGCACAAUGGAUGUAUGAUAAUUACAGGGACGAGACUUAUCUCAGGCGUGUUAUUAUGCCUCUUGAGGUUAUUCUCACGAGUUAUAAGAGAUUAGUGGUGAAGGAUUCAGCUGUUAAUGCAAUUUGUUAUGGUGCGAAGCUAAUGAUUCCUGGUUUGUUGAGGUUUGAGAAUGAUAUUGAAGUUGGAGAGGAGAUUGUUCUAAUGACGACUAAAGGAGAAGCAAUUGCUUUAGGAAUUGCAGAGAUGACUACAUCUGUGAUGGCUACUUGUGAUCAUGGUGCUGUUGCGAGGAUCAAAAGAGUGGUGAUGGAUAGGGAUACUUAUCCGAGAAAGUGGGGACUUGGGGCUAGGGCUUCGAUGAAGAAGAAGCUGAUUGCGGAAGGGAAGUUGGAUAAACGUGGGAAGCCUAAUGAGAAUACUCCUGCUGAGUGGAGUAGGAAUGUGGCUAUUAAGGCUGGAGAUGAUUCAUUGAUUGCUGCCAUAGCGGCUGCUCCUGAACCUGAGCCUAAGACAGCAGUGAUUGACGAUGGAGAGAAGAAGAAGGAGAAACGAAAGGUGGAUGAGAUUGAUGCUAGCCCAGAACAUGAUAUGGCUAAGAAGCGAAAACUCGAUGAUGAGAAAUCCGAGAAGAAGAAGAAGAAAGAGGCUAAACUAUCAUUAUCAUCUGAUAACGAGAAAUCCGAGAAGAAGAAAAAGAAGAAGGAAGCGAAAUUAUCGUCUGAUGAUGAUGAGAAAUCUGAGAAGAAGAAGAAAAAGGAGAAGAAGAAGAGCAAAGAUGGUGAAGUUAAUGGUGAUGAUGAUACAAACAAAAGUGAGAAAAAAGAGAAGAAGAAAAAGAAGCAAAAAGAUUCAGAUUCUGAAGAGUAAUGUGUUCUAAUUUAAAUUAAAUGAUUUUUUUACAUUUAUUUAUCUAGGUUUUACUUUUUCUA